CUCCCCCUCCGCCUUUUUGUGACGCCAAGAGACUCCUGGCCAAUGAAAGGCCUCCCCUACUGGUGCGCGUGCGCCGCGGGAUAAAGCGACGUUUUCAAAUAUGGGAGGAGGGCCUUAGUCUCGCGCGUCUUUAGUUUUUGUUUGUCGUCGCAGCCUGCGACUUGAGGGACAACUGUAUGGACUCUCUGAAUCACUUAAAAGAUAAGUACAGAUUGAGAUACUGCUACAAAGAAGGACAAGGUGAUAUACAACAAGGAGAAAAUGUAUUGAAAUAUAUACAGGAUUGCUUUGAAACUUGUGCCAAGGAAUAUACAGUCUACUCCCCAAGCACAUCAUGUUCCUCAUCCACUGACUAUGAUCAAGUUCAGUCUCCAAGGAAAGAGGAAGCACAGCCAGAGCCAGAUAAGAUUAACUAUGUGAAGAAUGUCUUUAAUACCUUCAUCUCCUUACCAUCACAAGAGAAAAAUGACAGGACUUCAGAUAUAUCAGAAGAUGUUGAAACACCAAGCAACGGACCUGUGAAUUCUGCAGAUGAGUAUGUUCAUGUGAUGUCCUUAGGAUCACCUGCUCUUCUCGUAGAAGAGGAAGAAAAAUCAUGUGGAGAAAUGUUACAUUUUGAUGAAGAGGCAAUUGAUAAAGAUUUCCAGGGCAGUGGAGAUUCUAGAGAGUCUGAGGGACAUCAUGCAAGGAAAGAAACAAAGGAACUUUCCAUUGAAGAUCCCCAAAAUUUUGCUGUAUCUUCCUGUCAAAAAAAGAUACCUGAGUCCUUAGCAUUGUUAGAAACUGUAACAAGAACUUUUACACAACGAAAUUCAGCCAGAGUGGAGCCAGAAGAUGAGUGUGAGUUUUUGAUAGACGAAUCUUUUGGAGUCCCUUCCACAUCUUGGAUUUCAGCAUCCAAAAAAAAUCAAAAGCCAAAGAACAUUAGUUUAAUAUCGUCAUUUGAAGGAAAAAAGGCAGCUAAGCAGCAGAAUGUAAGAAGAAAAAGUAAAAGGGCAUCAGAGAAACAUGUAAUGUCAGCUCCACUAAAGCAAACCAAACCUAAAUUAACUAAUGUUGCUGAAAGAACUGUUGAUGGAUUACAGAAUGCUUCAAGGCCUAAUGAAAGAAUCACAGUUGUAGAUGGCCAGUCACAGUUGAAUAUAAAUAUCAUCCAAAAAGCAAGAAAGCAAAUGCAUUCCAAGAAAAAGCAAUCUAUAGAAAUAUGCAGUGAGGAAAUAUGCAGUGAAGCAUCUGCAAGUAGAAACCACUCAAAGGAUCUUCCACUUUUACUGGUAAAGGAUCGUAAUUUUUCAAUGCAGCGGUUGUCUCAGAGUAAGCAGUCUCUGAAGCAGAAGUGCUCAAAAGUUAAGCUUCUGAUGGAAACGUACGGUGUAGGUUGCCAACAUUCUGCAAGCACAGACGUGCACUCAGAAAAUCUGGUGGCUGUUUUAGAAUGUGACCAUGAUUUUUCAAAAGUUCCAUUGUCUGAAGGUGAGCAAUUACUUUGCAGUAAAAAAACUGUGAAGCAAAUACAUUCAAAAAUGCAACCAUCUGUAAAAAUGUAUGAAGAUAGCCAAGAGCACACAACUGUAGCCACACCCUCACAAGAUUGCCAAGUGUCUACAAAUACACACCUACACUCUGAGGACUCUGUUCCUGUUCCAAAGCAUGGUUUUUCAAAGCACCAGCAGUACAUUGUACCUACAGCCCAACAGUCAUCCCGCAACAAACCAGUUAGCAGGCAACAGCCUCCAAAAACAACAGUAUCUAAAAAACAAUUGGAAACCCAGAUGAAUAAUGUUAGAAGACCUGCUGUUAGGGCCACCAGAAGAAGAGCCAGGCGGUUGGUUUCAGAGGAGAGCUCUGAAGGCAUAUGUGAUGAAAGGGAUGAAGGUCCUCAUGAGGAAAUAACUGAUUCAAGGAAGACAUUGCCCCAGAAAGUAAGACAGACUGACUUAGUAAGUUCUGAAGACAAUGGAAGUGUCUUCUACCCAGAGGAUUUUUGUGAACUGUAUGUGGCAGAAAAAAGGUCAAAUGCUUCUAUGAGACAACAAAACAGCAAUACACCUUCAUCGCAAGUUUCUUGUACAUCAGAUGUUAACAUGAAUAAUAUCAGUGGUCCAGUUUCUAAUCAUAGGGAGGAUUCAGGUUCAGGUGAAUCUGAAGACUUGGAGGAGGAUUUAGAUGAAUCUGUUUCAAAUACACUGAAGCACAAACUGGUGUUGCCUACCAACACGCCUAAUGUUCGUCGGACCAAAAGAAUGCGGCUUAGGCCAUUGGAGUAUUGGCGAGGAGAACGUGUGGACUACAAGACGAGACCUUCAGGUGGUUUUGUGGUUGGUGGGAUAAUAUCACCUGAACAGAGAGAACCCAGAAAACCAAACCCUAAAAGGACAAUAAAACCUAUUUUGGAAUCAGAGAAUAUACCCAAUAACUCAGCUGUUUCCUUGAAAAAUCUUUCUCAGCCAGCUGUUGUGUUUGAUACAGCUACCAAUCAAGAGGUUCUUCUAGAAUGCGUGAGCAGUGGUAGUUCCCAUCUCCUUUUCAUUAGUAAUGAAAUGGUAUCUAUAUAUAAACAUUUGACGACCCCCUUCUUUUCUACUGGCAAAAUGAUACUAAAGCCAUUAAAAGAAAAGGGAUUCCAGUAUUCCCACACAGAUACACUGGUUUUCCACAUUACUCAUGGUAAACUUCUUUUGACGCUAUAUGACCAAUGUUAUCAUCUGACUGCCGGCGACUAUUUCUUUAUUCCACCAGGGAAUGUGUACAACAUACGUAAUCUCUUGAAUAAAGAAUGUGUUGUCCUUUUCACACAGCUGAAGGGAAGCAGGCCAGAAAAUUAAUAAAACGUACCAUUGUAUCACUAUUUCUUGGAGCAAAGACUGUUUCAUGGGAAAAAAAGGAAGAAAUCUCUUUUCUGACUGCCCUAAUUGGCUUUCCAGUUAUGCUGUUUCCAAGACAACAAAAUAAAUGAUUUUGUUAUA